GUGUCAAUAUAUCGCCAAACCACACGAGACUUCCUAUCGCGGAAGUGCUGUUGAUGAAAGUUCGGAAACUUUGCUGCAUGCCGAUCAACACACGGGAAAGACACCUUAAUUCGCAUGGCAACGCCGAGCAGAGGAAGGGAACUUAGGUUAGAGUCAACAUCGUCGCAAGGUAGUCAAAGCGUGUAUGUUGAAACCACGUUUAGCGCAGGUAGUGCAGUGUCUCCCAUAACCAAGAUACGUGUCAAUGAUGAUCAUGACAGCGCCUUCGGGUCCGUGGACUACUCCACUCCAACCACGUUCUCCCAUGCUGACAGUAUCGAGUCCAGUGGGCUUCCAGGGGGGCUGCAGAUCCCGAGUCCAGGACAUAAAAGGUCAGGGUCGAAUGUCUCUAACCGAUCACUAAUGUACGAAGAAGAGGAAGAGGAGAUACUGGUCUUUGUUGACCCUCCAAACAAGAAGUUAUUUUGUCGUAGCUCAUGUGGGGUAUGUUACCUGUACAUUAACCUGCUUUCAAUGUGGGCUUUCAAGGAUCCUGUGAUAGCAUCAUGUGGGCAUACAUAUUGUCGGAAAUGCAUCGAUGGAAAUACAGAUGUAAUCUGUCCUGUGGAUAGUCAGAAGUUGUCUAUCAUGGUGUCCAACAUCGCAGUGUCGGAGCAGAUUGGGGAGAUGUACAUACAUUGUAAAUAUGGCUGCAAGCUGGCCGAGGAUGACCAGACCUAUAUUGUAGACCCGACCAGGUGCCCUGUCACGGUGAAGAUCAACACUAGAAGCGAUCAUGAAGCUGACUGUGAUUACAUGCCCGUGGAGUGCCCCAAUGCUGCAGGCUGCCCACCGUUGCUGAAGAAGGAUUUAGAGGACCACUUGAGAUCAUGCAACAAUGUCCGCUGCCCACAUCAAAAGUACAGCUGUGAGUUUUUGGGAACACAGGAAGAGCUUGAAGAGCAUAUGAAAGUUUGCAAGUUCGAUAGCAUGAAGGAGUUCCUACAGAGGACAGACGAGAGAAUGACCGACCUACAGUUCUCACUCAACCAGAAGGAUCAGGAAAUCGAGUUUCUCCGUUCCAUGUUGGGAAAGUUGUCUGAACGUCUUGAGUCACUGGAGAAAUCUGUUGAUUUGAAGCUGGGUCUGGUGGAGCGGACACAGAACAAGAUCAUGAAUGACAUGAUAGAAAACAGGAGAGAAUAUGCUGAUGUGGCAGACGAGGUGUCACAUUUACGGAACAGGCUGAAUCUUGGUGCUACUGCUGGAGCCUACGACCCUAUUUCCAUGUUCAAAUGUAAAGGCACAUUUGUUGGACAUCAGGGUCCUGUGUGGUGCUUAUGCCCUAUGGGAGACUACCUGUUCAGUGGAUCAUCUGAUAAAACAAUAAAGGUGUGGGACACCAGCACCAGUUACAUAUGUGUCAAGACAUUAGAGGGACACACGGGUAUUGUCCUGGCGCUCUGUACAUAUGGCAACAAGCUCUACAGUGGCUCACAAGACUGCAACAUUUUUGUGUGGGACACGGAGGAUACUUUUGAAAGCGUCAAUGUGAUAAAGGCCCAUGACAAUCCUGUCUGUACACUGGUGGCAGCACGGAACAUGCUCUUCAGUGGCUCACUCAAGGUUGUCAGGGUGUGGGACGCUGGAACAUAUGAGCUGAAACAGGAGCUUACUGGUCUGAACCACUGGGUGCGAGCUUUAUCCGCCACACAGGAUCAUCUGUUCAGCGGGUCGUAUCAAACAAUCAAGAUCUGGGACUUGGUUACCCUGGAAUGUGUGCGCAACCUCGACACGUCUGGCGGCAGUGUCUACAGCAUCACCAUCACCAACCACCACAUCCUCGCAGGCACAUACGAGAACUGUAUUCAUGUAUGGGAGCAUGGCACUUACAAGCAGGUGACAACGCUGAUGGGUCAUUCCGGCACGGUAUAUGCUCUUGCCCCUCUUCACACAGCAUCAGGAACAAAAGUCUUUAGUGCUUCCUACGACAGAUCUCUCAGGGUAUGGAGUAUGGACAACAUGAUCUGUACUCAGACACUGGUCAGACACCAGGGCAGUGUGGCCUGUCUAGCUAUCUCAAAGGGAAGGGUGUUCUCAGGGGCUGUUGACAGUCAAGUGAAGGUGUGGCAGUAAUCAGGACGGUAAUGAAGUGUACAAGUCAUCACAAGUGUUAUUUGUUCAGCGAGAUAGACAUGGAGGAACACCCAGAGCUUUUGAUGAGGAGCUAAGGAAGAAACAUGUAAACAGGUUACAGGGUACCGGAGGCAAGGAGGAAGUAGCAUCAUUGCUUCCAAUUAUGUGUGAAUGAGCGUGUGUUUUCAGAGCUUGUAUGGCAUGGAAUUUAUCUAAUUUUGCUUGUUCCGUUAUAAUUAGUACAGGUUUAGGUAGGACUGCAUGGUGAGAUGAAGCAAAUGCUGCACAAGGCCAUCACAGGUUGAUGUUGUUUGUCAUGGGAGUUGUUCAGGCAAUCCCUUGUGAAUUCAGGUUGAUGAUAAUUUGUUUCUUUUGUCUGGAAAUAAAUAUGGUUUCAUUAUUUAUUCUAUAAAUGUCAAUACAUUCUGGAUUUAAUUAAUUUAAUUAUGCCACCGUGGAUUCCAACAAGGAGCAAUGUUCUUCCCUCUGAGGGAAUCAGGAAUGGAUUAACUAGAUGCUGAUUGUGAACAGAACAAGACAUAUUAUUCCAUCACUCACUAAUGCCUUGUAGUAUAUCUGCUAACAUUUUCCGCAAUGUUUGGAAAUCUCUUCAAUUGUUCGUCACUUUGUAGUAUCAAUUCCUGAUGUGACAUAAAAUCGUAGCUCACCCACUCUUCUGUGUCAAGUCAACUAUGUACCUGGGCCCCAUUCCUCAAAGCGAUCAUAGCGCUACGACAGUCCUAAGUCUAUGUUAAAGUAUGGGAGUUACGAUCAACUUAGUGCUACGAUCGCUUUGAGUAAUGGGGCCCUGUUCUAUCAUAAUUGAGAGUGUACUUUGUUACAUAAGGGCACAAUACCCAUCAGUCCAAGCCAUCAUAAGCCAUGGUGAAUGGGAGUUAUGACAACCAGCGUUCUGAGACUUCAUGCAUGAACACAGUUCAUUUCUUGCAGUAUGAUCUUAAACAUUAAUGCAUCACCCACAGGGUUUCCAUGGUAUUAUCUCAGACUGUUCCUCCUAAUAUCAAUCACUGGUUUGUCUGGUUCUGAUUGUUCACAGGUUUCCACGAUAUAGAUGGAACAGUCUCAUAUACUUUGUAUUAUUAUCCACGCAGUCAGUGUAUAGGUACUUGCAAACUGAUCUCAUACGUCACACGAGUGUCGUAUCGCAUUGACCUGUGUCAUAACGACUUGACCUGAGAUUCUGACAAUUUGAUUGGAUAACCGAUGACCUCUC